AUGUCUUCCCCAGUCUGGUUCAUCACAGCCGCGUCCUCAGGCUUCGGCCAUGAUAUCGCUCUUCACGCCCUCAACCUCGGGCACACCGUCAUCGCCACAGCACGCAGCACAUCACGCGUCCAAGACCUCGCCGACGCAGGUGCCCACACGCUCGCAUUCGACGUGACAUCUCCCCUCUCGGACCUUGAAGCCAUCGCCAAAGAAGUAUUUUCCAAGCACGGCCGUGUCGACUAUCUCAUCAACGCAGCGGGAUACAUCCUCGACGGCGCCGUAGAGGAAGUUUCGCAGCAGGAGCUGUAUGAUAGCUUCAACACCAAUGUCUUUGGGAUCUUCAACACCAUCAAGGCUUUCCUACCGGGAAUGAGAGAGCAGAGUAUCGGUCAAAAUGGAAAGCGCGGUACGAUUGCGACCUUUGGAAGUAUCGCUUCAUGGAGAGGUGGCGCGACAUACUCUGUCUACUGUAUGGUGAAGACCUGCGUGUCCUCCCUCGCCGAGUCCCUCCGCUACGAGCUGGAGCCCUUCAACAUUGUCGCUACGGUUGUUGAACCAGGUUACUUUCGUACCAGCUUCUUGAACCCUGGUGUGAGGGCCGUUACGAAGAAGCGUCUGGAUGUUUAUGAAGAUGAGAACACGCCUACGGGCAAGACGAGAAAGGCGCUGGAGAAGACGGACAACAAUCAGCCAGGUGAUGUCAAGAAGGGUACCAAGGUUAUCGUUGAGAUUCUGACAGGGACGGGGGUUGGAAAGGGGAGGGAUGUUCCGGUUCGGAUUGUGCUGGGGAGUGAUGCGGAUGUUUAUGUUAGGAGCAAGUGUGAGGAGACGCUGAAGUUGCUGAAUGAGUGGAAGGAUGUUACUGUUAGUACUGAUCACGAGAAGUGA